UACCGAAUGACUUGUCACCUCUGUAUUGAUUUUUCAGAAUAUGUUUCUUGAUCACAAAUAACUAAUGGUUCUGAUUAGCUAUUUCCAAUGUUUCAAGUAUACACUUUUUUAGGAAUGUCACCGUGUGGCUGCGUCUAACGACAUGUACAAAAGUGUUGAGUGCUAUUUAUUUUCUACUUUUUGAAACAUAUCUUUUUCUAGUAUGUUAUAUGAUCGGUAUAAAAAUUGACUUUUGACAGUGACGUCACGGCAUUGCGUCAGUGAGCUUGCGCGGGGCACUCGUCUUUACAAGUAGUGAUUCAUUAAUCGUGUGUUGUCCAUUUAUUUCUUAUGUUUAGUAGAUAAAUUAAAUAGAAAAACCAUGCUCAUCAAAGAAUUCCGUGUUACAUUGCCCCUUACGGUAGAAGAGUAUCAAGUAGCGCAACUCUUCAGUGUAGCAGAAGCAUCCAAGGACAACACAGGUGGUGGGGAGGGUAUUGAGGUGUUGAAGAAUGAACCAUUCACCAACUAUCCCCUUCUGGGAGGGAAAUUCAAUAGUGGCCAGUACACGUACAAGAUCUAUCAUUUGGCCAGCAAAGUACCAGCAUUUAUCCGGAUGCUUGCCCCUAAGGGCAGUCUCGAGAUACAUGAAGAGGCAUGGAAUGCCUAUCCAUACUGUAGGACUGUCAUUACGAAUCCUGGUUAUAUGAAGGAGAAUUUCAUUAUCUGCAUUGAAAGUAUGCACAUUGCUGAUAGGGGAAAGCAGGAUAAUGUACACGAAUUACCCGCUGAUAAACUAAAGCAACGUGACGUGGUUUUCAUAGACAUCGCUAAUGAUGCGGUGGCAGCAGGCGACUAUAAAGAGGAAGAGGAUCCCACGAAGUUUAAGUCUGCAAAAACGGGAAGGGGUCCUUUGAUUGGUCCCGAAUGGCGGGAUAAGGUCAAUCCUGUGAUGACCUGCUACAAGCUGGUUACCGUAGAGUUUAAGUGGUUUGGACUGCAGACGAGGAUAGAGAAUUUUAUUCAGAAGUCAGAAAGGCGGCUUUUUACAAAUUUCCAUAGGCAAGUAUUUUGUUGGAUGGACCGCUGGCACGGCCUGACGAUGGACGACAUCAGAGCCAUAGAGGAUAAAACAAAAGAGGAACUGGAAGCGUUGAGGCAGAAAGGCGAAGUGCGAGGAAUGCGGGCGGACUCUGAUUAAAUAGCCAAACUUAAUCCAACCAGAGCAACACACCGGUAUCUAGUUGAAUUCAAUUUUCAAGUCCAACUAAGCAACACCUGACAGACCUUCGGACCUGUCCGAACUAACUUCAGUAGGGCGUUAUUGUGGAGUAGUACACUGAUGUUAAAGAAUAAUGUAGGAAAUACUCCUUAAUGAGCUAUUUCUCCAAAAUUGGUUGCAGAAAGCUUUCCUUAAACUCGUUUCAGGUGACCAGGAUCCAUAAAAACUAGACUUGUGGUUAUAUUGAAAGUACCGGUCAUGUUUCUUCUAAUGAUAAAUAUCAUUUUUUGCUGCGAUGGAAUCUUUCUUACGAUCUUGUCAAAAAAUGUCCAUUGUCUGUCGAUCUUUUUGUCACCCUGUAAUCUUAUAGGUAAUCUUUUGGUGAAACUAGUGUUACGCUGGUGCAUAUUUCAUGCUCCUAUGAUCAAACCAGUGUAUUUCACCAUGUUCCCUUGAUCCGUACUCUGAACUCGGUGCAUAAUACCUCAAGACCUGGCAGAGCUCGGGAGUUGUCAACUGUCAACAUUGUCACAUUUUACAGCUUUUACUUGUAGUUUUGAUGGCAACCACGCUUUACAAUCAGUUUGAGUCCAAUUUUUUGGCAUGGUUUGCUCUUCUACUAAAAUUGACGAUAACAUCAUAGAAAAAUGACAAAUACAUGAAAGAAAAUUGUGCAUUGACAGAUAUAUGAAAUAGAGAAAGUUUUGGGUUCUUUUGUGGGCAAAUUAAGGAUGAACUAGUGCAGAGUGUUGAUUCAUCAAACGAAAACAUGAUUAAUAAGAGCGAAGCGGCAUACAGUACAAAUUGUAUGUUUCGCCAGUUUUUGGGAUCCUCAAGAGAAGAUAUGAAAUUUGACAUGAAAUUUUGAAGGUUAAGUGACAAUCUGAGAAACGUUAUUGAGGUAGAGCCGUUUUACACACAAGAGAAUUACUCCGAAAAUUAUGGUCAAAAUUUGCAUGGAAAAAAUAUUGAAGAUUUUCUCUACAACCUGUAUGACACAAGCAAACAAAAUUUCGGAGUAAUUCAUAUGAUACGCCUGCGCAUUAGAGUUAUAUUUUCAAAUGGACAUAACCUUAACGGGUAUGACGUCCAAGACAACAGACGUCGAUAAUUUAAAUUUAUUUUUGAAAUCGAGAUCUUGGUUAAUAUUAUAAAACUUCUCAAUGCUUGGACUAUCGCAUCCAGCGCCUGACGCCGCAAAUUUCUGUUUUUGUAAUUGGGUGACUUCGCCUUGUACAGGUUUGGCCAUCUUUGGUACUCCUCCAACAACAUUGUAAAUUCUUCCCGAUUCCACGACAUUAUGAAUAAACAAUAACAAUAAACGCUCCUUCGUACGACUCGAACAGGGCCACUCCCACAAAUGUUAAGUGAGGUUAUGUUGUUGUUGUUGUCGUUGACAUUUGAUAUUGACAUGCACGGAAAUAACCCUCUGCGCCGAUUCUCGCGCAUAUAAUAUAGAACGGGUUUUAUAUUUUUACCAUGAAAAUUUUCACAAGAAUUCUUUUACGUGUAAUACGACAGCAAAAAUUUUCGGCAUAAUUAUGACCAUAAUUUUCGGAGUAAUUCUCUUGUAUGUAAAACGGCUCGUAAUGUAAAAUGACAACAGAGAUUGUCAGGUCUACACUUCAUCAUGGUUAACUCUUUCAGGGGCAAACUAUUUUAUAAAAUUUAUUCUCCAUUUGGGCACAAAAAAAAAUUUUUUUUAUUACUUGUUUUUCACAUAAAAUGCUAUUUGAGGAUAUAAAUAAUACUCAAAGCUUUUCAUAUUUUUUAUUUUUACAUGUAAUUUUUCAUAUAUUUGGCAAAAAAUAAGUGGUGCUAUAUAUGUACCACCGCCCUAUUCCUAUUUAUUUCUGUGAAAGUCCUGGAAACAGGUUUUAUUUUUAUUUAAACAAAGAGGCACAUUGCAAACGCUGCAUACCCAGUCCGUUCUUACUUGUUUUUUUUUAGUGCUACAGUAAGCACACCGACGUCGAGUACCGCGUUCAGGUUGAUGAGAUGAACCUUCAAAUCGAAUUUCUUCAGAAACAUAUGGUUUUUUUUUUUUAUGGCAACAGUUUCAAAUGUUGACAAAGAAGAUCUUUUUCUAUCUACCAGUUGUUGUACAACAAGACCUUGUAUUAUACUUCUUCGGAAAUCUUUCAUAGAAAGUGUGGGUAGCUGUAACUCCUUAUAUAAUACAAAUGCAUUAACAACAGCAGCAUCCAGGAAAAAAAAGAAAAUGCGAUGCCACCAUUUAUGGCUUUUUCGAUCUAUUUUGUAGGAAGUAAGAUUUUGGUCGAACUUGUCGACAAAAUUCAUAUUGGCAUUGUAAUCAGAAAGGGCUUUUGGACAAGGCACUUUGGUAAUUGAUCCAUUCUUUUCUUUUCGGUUCACUUCAAGAGUAUCACGUGGGUCAUGGAAGUUAGACAGGACAAAAAUGGAACGCUUGUCCUUCCAUUUAAUAACAGACAAAUCACUAUUGCUUGUAAACCACUCGAUAUCACCUCUUUUCAUGUUCUUAUCUGAUUUGAACUUCGGAAUAUUCCGCCUAGAAGAAUUAACAGUACCACAGGCAUGUAUCUGCAUAUUUUUUAGAUCUUCCAUUAGCUCGACUCCGUUGAAAAAAUUGUCAAAAUAGACCAAGUGAUUUUUAUUUUCGAGACCCUCGCAUAGCUGUUUCACAAUUCUUGAGCCCAAGUUUUUCUCGACAUCACCACUAGGUUUUCCUGUAUAAAUAUCAAAUUUUAGACAGUACCCAUUUUUAUCAGCCAGCAUCCACACUUUGUAUCCCCUUUUAGUAGGUUUUUUUGGCAUAUAUUGUUUGAGAGAACUUCUCCCUUUGAAUUUUAUCAUGGAUUCAUCUAUGGCAACUUCACGACUUGGCAGCAUACAUUUUCCAAAUGCCUCUGACAUACGGUUCAACAAUGGCCUUACUUUGUACAGCUUGUCGUAAUUGGCUUCGCCUUUUUUUGCCAUCAAUGAAUUGUCAUUCAAGUGAAUAUUUCCAAGCAACCAACUAAAUCGCUUUACCGACAUUAGAUUACUGACAUAAGAGUCAUGUAGAUCUGGCGCGCGAGACCAAUGGUCCCUAUAACUUGGAAGGCGCUUUAUGCCCAUAAGUAAAUUUAACCCCAAAAACGUUUUAAUUUCACGAACAUCAGUUGGUUUAUGCUUGCUGAACUGUUGUUGAGCAUACAGGUUCGUUUCAAAAACAAUACUUUCUAUCAAGGAGUCAGAAAAAAAUGAUUGAAAUAAUUUGUACGGUGUUGGAUCUGUCAUAUUCGUUACACAAUCGGCUAGACCAGAAUGCGCAGUAAAAUGUGGAGGUGGUGUAGGAGUUUUCACAUUAGACCAAACUGGAGACUUUCUUCCAACUGAUGAGGCAGAUGAAGCUAGCUGCAGUUUUCCAGCGAUAGUUGACAAAGGUAUAUCAUCUUCUGAGUCACUAUAUGAACAUAUCAACACGUUGCUUCUAAUAGUAGUUUCUGUAUCACUUUCUUGGUCGUCUCUGCUACUGGCUAACGAUUCACAAUCAGAUGGAAUUUCUUCACCGUUUAUACGACUUUGUUCCAUUUCUGAAUAAAUGUUUUCGAGUUCGGCGUAUAAUUCACCUUCCGUCAUAUCGACUAGUUUAAAUGGCAAGUCAGACAUGUUGUAAGUCUGAAAAUAAAAAAAAAAUAGGGUGUAAAAUAAAAACGUAAUGUGUGCGGUGGUACGCAUUGAGUACCAGUAAAUAUAAAACGAUAGAGGUUUUUUUUCAAAUAAAUAUAGGAUAAAAUCAUAACAAAACAACUUUAAUAAGAUAAUUACAUCGAAAUCAUACAAUGUUACUUACUUUUUUAGUGUUUCUCCACUCACAGCUGGUAUAUAUUCUGGACUAAUGAAUCAUAACCUUAAUUUGCUUUUGCAUGCGGUAUUCCGAACUCCCGCGCUAUUGUCGGUGCAUGCGCUCUUUUAUAGACACGUGAACAACUUACUUUGAGCGGUGGUUCAUGGAAUGAACCGCUGCUCGCUCUGUAAAUGAAAUUUUUAGCAGUGGUGCUAAAUAUGUACCACCGCCUCAUUAAAGCAUGCUUUGAGGUGGUUUAUUUUAUAUACCAUCGCCCUUGAAAGAGUUAACUGCGUAUUCGGCAACCCAAUAUACCAACACUUUAAUCAGAUUGCAUUUACAUUCAUCAUGUCAAAUUUCAAAUAGGCUGAUGCACAUCAUCAUUUUUAUGAUGAAAUAUUUCUGAAGUGUUCAAAUAAAAUAUGUAUUGGUGCGUCGGUAUUACUGAGUCAGAAAAUGGAAAACAUUGCAGAUGUCUAUAUUAAGGCUAGUAUUUCGAGGCGCCUGGUCAUAAAGCGACGGCUAAAGAUUUUUAAGGAGCUUUUCAAGCAACUAGGUUUUUGAUAUUAUCUGAAUAAUUGAUUAGUUCCACUAAAAGCCAGUUGUACCUCUAAUGCCAGUGUACUAGAGGUGUUUCCUUCCACAUAGACGUUUACAAAACCCAGUAUUUUUAAGCAUCAAAACAUAGGCGGAGAUGUGUGGUUUAAUAGCAAACUUUUAUUUAUUAAUUUAUAAGUGCGGUGCAUUUAUGAGUCCUAUUACAUUGUUGAAUAAAUUUUUUACUGCAUUGUAGUUACCAGGUUUUUUUUUAAAUUGGUGGACGAAUAAAGGUUUCCAGGGCCAUUCGAAGGCCUAUUUUCGGACGUGUGAGAUAGCACAGUAUAUAUCAGUAGCUUAUCAGGCUAGUGCAGAGAAGUCAAAUAAGUCUAUAAAAGAGCUACAAGAAACAUUUUGCAUAUAUCGUUAGACGCGUAUUGUAAUCGCGAAGAUCCGGUAAAAUGUUAUAGGUAAAGGUGGUAUUAUGAGCCCCCGAUUAGUUUUUUACAAUAUAAUAUAGUCUAAUAAGUUGCUCACUUGGACUAAUUAUACUUGUGCACAUAUAUUAGAUUUAGUCAAUUCAAAGAUUUGUGUUGGUAAUAUAAGUAAAAAAAAUGUUUCAAAUGAAACACAAAUAGUUUUAUUUGAGGACAAACAUCUUAUUGUUACACGUCUUAUAAUUUAGGUUGUCGACCAAAAUCGCAGACAUAAUUGUCCUUUCCACAUCCUGGGCAAUCAUUGUGUGCCCACAUUUCACAAAUAAGGCACAGCUCGGCUCGUUUGCUUUCAGAAAAGCGUGAUUCACAGAUGAUGCAAACGGCGUCAUCAUCUUCAGGAGAUUCAUCACCAAUUUCCAUCUCCACAUCCGAUUUUCCUGAAUCAGUUGACUCGAUGUCGUCUGAGUCAGUUAGUUCGGAGACGUCAAGUUUAAGUUUUCUUAUAUCUCUUAGUUUUUUAGGUGUUUUUAUUCUUUUUAUCAGUUAUUAUGCUUCUUCAAGCUUUCCUUUUUUCUUUUACGUAUGUUGCCGCUCUUGGCCUUCUUGUUUCAAUUCCAGAAUAUCUUUAUAUGGUGAAGAGGUUAUUAAUGCUGGCUUUGGUCCUUUAUUUGAUAUUUUUUUAUUUGGCUCGGGCACCGGGCACAUAUCUUCUGGAGAGACGUUUGCUAUUUUCUGUCUAUUAUUUGAAGAAUUAGAUUCAAAGGUACUAGAAGGUCCUGCUUCUAAACCUUUCGCACUUUUUUGGAUCUUAGAACCUGGUGAAUACCUUUAAUAUUUUUCGUAUGUGAGUGGUGGCCAUCAAGGACUAAAAGUACAGGACCUUCCUUAACGGGCUUUGUCUUUUCAAUAAAAUGCUUAAACCAUUUAUGUGAACAAAUGUGUUGGUCAUAUUUUUUCGAGAGAAGACCCAAAGUGGUGGAAUAAAUGUUCCCUUUCAGCCGAACUUAACGCUUCUAUUUGUUUUUUCCUUUGACUCGUGGAAUGUUCGACUAAACAACGGAAAUUUCAGUUUUGUCCCCGUUGUCCCCUAUGUGCAGGAUAUUUAUAUUUUUCGAACUCUUAACAGAUCGAAGAAUCCGUUCACAGCGUCUCUGUCAAAUCCAUUAUCUCUAGGAAAUGCUGUAGCAGUGAGUUUCAGCAGAGGCAAUACAUUCUUAUGAGUCUUACGACGGCUCAUAAAAUGGUCGAACCAAGCUCUACCAGCAAGCCCUUCUUUGAAUAGAUGUCUUAUUCCUUUCCUUUGACACAACUCAUAGAGAAUUCGACGGACAUCUCAUCUAUUAAAGCCAUGAAAUUUGCUUUCCAUAAUAAGCAGGUACUCAACUAGUUCUUUUUCCAGAUUCUCCUGAAUAAUAGGUUUGAGAUAUAAUUUAGUUACCGCAGCUCUAUUUGGUGAUGAAUUCAUCCGUGAGAGUCUUCGGAGAGUUGCGCGAGGUACUUUAAAUGCUUUCUCACGGCCAUAAUAGCAACUGCUUCGUUAAUCUCGCUCUAUAGUUUACUUGUUUUGCAAGAUUUCUUUCAGUCAAGUACUUUUCUUGGCAUCUGCAACACCCAAGAAAACAUAACGUAGUGUAUAUACAGUCCCUUACCAUAUUAUUGGACUCAUACUUAAAAAUGAAUUUUCCUGGCUUAUAACACGCCAGUAGACAUUUACAAAGCUUAUCCAUGAUGAAACAUCAAAAUUUAUUAUAAAUACAACAAAUGUCACAGAAAACUAGAAAUUUACAUGAAAAUACAUUUUUUUGCAAAAAUCAGUAUUUUGUAUGACCACCUUUCGCAGCCAACACAGCUUCAACGCGACGUGGCAUACUCCUUAUACAGUUUUGAAUUUUUAUUUUGAGCUCUGGGUUAUGUUUCCAAGUGUCAUUAAGUAUAUUGAUCAACUCUUGCUUGGUUGUAGGGGCUUUCAUCGUAACCUCAGAUUUCAAAAACCCCCAGACGUUCACGAUGGGGCUCAUGUCAGGCGAAUUUCCUGGAGAAUAUCUACUUUUUGUUCAGCUAAAAAUUUUGUAAUUUUUUUGUGCACGAUGGCAAGGCGCACCAUCAUGCAUAAAAAUUGACUUUUCUCGUUUGUUGAACAAUUUUUUCACUUGAGGGAGCAGCUGGGUUUCCAAAACUUCCUGAUAUUUUUCGGCAUUCAUUGUACCAUCGACAACGUAUAAGGCCCCUUGUCCCUUAUAACUGAUAAUUGACCAUACCAUUACCGAAGGAGGAUAUUUAAUGGUCGGCACAAUGCAUUCUGGCUUAUAUUUCUCAUUUGUCCUUCGCCGUACAAACUGCGAUUUGUCGACCAAUACUUGGAAAAUCGACUCGUCCGAAAAACAUACCUGAAAAACGUCAUAGAAUUUAGAUUAAACAAUAUCUACAGUACAAGAACGACUUGAAUAUAGUUAUACAGCAUUUAUUUACGUUCUUCCAGUUAUCAGUCGUGAAAUCCUUGUAUUUUCGUGUCCAUUGGUAUCGCUUUGAUAUCAUAGCAGGUGUAAGUCUUGGUUUGCGUGCUGGUCUACGUCCAAUAAGACCCUCUUCUGCUAACCUCCGCUGCACUGUUCUUUGCGAAACUUCAAUGCCGGCUUCAAGAACUUUUUUUGUAAGAAUUUUUAUCGGCAGUUUUCGAUUUUCAACACGAAUAUUGCGAAUUUUUCGGUCACUUCUCUCUGUCGUGAUUCUCCGACGACCGCACGCACCUUUACGUUUGGCUCUCAGAUUUUCACCGAGGUCUAUUUUUUGUUUAAUUCGUUUUACAGAACUUUGAGAAACUUCAACAAUUCGCGCUAUUUGGUAUUGUGACAUGUUUCGUGCUUCCAGCAUGCCGGAAAUUCGGCCAACUUUUAUUGGCGACAAAUCAGACAGUUUUCCCAUUCUGAAAUUGUUUUUUAUCAUAAUAUGGCCUCAAAACGUGUAAAUAUAUACUUUGACAUGUUGUUUUGUCAACAAUAAACUCACCUGAUGAAAUGGAAAAGAGUUAACGCUAUUGACAGACUUUAAAUUGUUGAAUUGCACUGUGAAACUGAAACUCUGUUUUUUAGGUUAUAUGUCUUUUUCGUGACAAUCGAUGUGAGCAAUCGAUUACCAACAUGAUCAGUGUUGCCAAAACGAUAAAAGCGAACUCAAGUUCUAUCAACAUAUCUGCAAAAAGUUCAUAAUAACAACAAGAAAUAUAAAGUAAAAGUAGAUUUGCAGCAUGAGUCUAAUAAUAUGGCAAGGGACUGAAUAUGAGCCACUUGAAAAUGAGAGUCCAUAUAACAAGCACACAAGGGGCCCAUAUGCCAUAUGCCAUUCUGUAAAACAAAUCAAUCCUAUAAUUCGGGUUUUGCAAUCCUUAAACCUUGUCGAUGGAUAUCCCCUAACAUUAAAACAACUCUGCAUGAUAAAUCAGUCAUAUAUGAAAGAAAAUACUUACCUUUUCCAGACAAAAAAAAAACGAAAACCACCUUUUGCGGGCUACAAUCAUAUCAAAACUGAGCUAGACGACCAAGAUACAAACCAGAUCCACAAGUUUGCAUUCCUGCCGCUAGGCUGCGUGCCAUAGUUUAGACACAUGGGGGCUCAUAUUACAUGCAGUGUCCAUAUUACCACCUUUCCCUCUACCAAUUUCUGUCAGUCUGUUGUCAUCGGUCUGUCGGGUAAUACAUUGGUAUUCAUUGUGCUACACUCACAAUCGCCCUGCAAAAAGGUUCCAAGUAAUAGUAGAAGCAUGGGAAAAAUAAUGAAAGCAAGAUUUUUGAUUUUAUUUUUGUGAUUAUGUUGGCUUAUGUUUUAAAUAAAUUUUGUUUUAUACGUCUUUGUUUUAUUUUACGACAACAUUUUAAUCAUACACGCGGUUUCAUUAUUUUUCCGCGAAUCCGAUUCAUCCCUUACAAGAGUAGUUGGUAACGUUUCUAUUGGUUCUUCUCUAGUGCAGAAGUAAAUUUAUAUUGAAUAUGUGUUUUGUAUAUUUUUCUUGCUAUAGAAAUUAUAUUUGCUGAUUACGUUUUCGAUUAUUUCUGCAGUCAUUCAAGAGUAAUUUGUUCCAUAAAAAAUGACAUUCAGUAAAUUCAGUGUAUAAUAUGUGAGCAAACUUUUUAAAUUAAGAAUGACUUAAAAUAAUAAUUCGCAUCUGGGUCCUGUCAGUCUAUGUUUCAAUCCUUUCACCCACUUGCAAAGUGCGUUCUUGCUAAUCAGAAACACGUAAAUGGAGAGUUUCAUAAUAAAAAGUUCAUAUCUUUCUCAACUGUAAAUUCACUUCUGCCUGGGCAAACGACGAAGGUAUUUUAUCUCGUUAAACAAGGACGAGACAUUUCGGCAAAAAUUAGAAUUUUUUAAAAGCUGUAUUAGAUUUAGGAGCGUUUGUUAGUUUUCGGGAACAUUCAGACAAUAUACGUAUAUCGUAAGUAUAUUUAACAAAAGUUUGGAGAAACGUAUUAUAUGUCUAGACUAAUUAGCCCAAAGAAAAAAAGGAACUUGAGAGGAAAUUGGGGCAAAGGCUGCAUUUCAGCCCGAAGUUACACAAGAUGCUUGCGACUUGGCCUUUGGACUACUGGGUAUUAGCAAAUCUAGGAAGAGAUUUGUAUAUUUUAAGUAUUCUUUUUUUUGCGGAAAAGGUGUGUGCAGCCUCUGCGCCAGUUGUUUUAUAAACUACUUUUUCGUUGGGCUAUACGAGAAGUCGUAUAACACCUACAAAGCAGUGAGGGGCGCAUCAUGUAAAAUACAUCAUUUUAUAUGCGUAUACAAUUGUAAUUGUAUAGGUCUUCAUAUUCAUGUACAAAGUUAUAGUUUUAAGUUAAUUAGGAACAUUUCUAAAAUAAAAUGCAUCCUGGAAACAGAAACACCCACUUGAUUAAUUUCAUUCAUCAUCAUUAGCAUCACUAAUAUUUAGAUUAGCAAGGCUGUUAUUGGUCAAUUGAGGUGUAAUACUCAUGCUUUCUCACUACAUCUUACUAAACGUUUCGAUUUUUGCUUACAUUGAGCAAAUAUGAAUCAAUAAAAUAUCUCGUCCAUAGCCUCAUAUAAAGAUACAAAAAUUACGAUUUUAAGCGAUCGCUGAAUUGACAACAUUUUUUAACAGAUACAGCAUGGGAUCUUUUCUUCCAUCUUUGAACAAAAUAGCCCAGUUAAUUUAUUUGUAGCGCGCCAAACCGUGUUGCUUCAAUAGUUGCCGGUUUACUGAUGUUUUGACGUUUGCGAGUAAAUUUAAUCUCAAUUAUUGCUAUUCUAAACAUUGUAUGCAUUGUAUACGUAUUGUUUGCAUUGUAUAUACAUUGUCCACGCAUUGUCUACAUCGAAACGUAGACAGUCAAUGUAUACGCGUAAACGCCCAUCACUGCUGAGCAGGGAUGCUUACAACUUUGGCUGCCAAAAUGGCUCGAAUGUUUGGAUGUUUCGUUGUUAGGAUGGAAGAAAUAGUAAGCAUCUGAGAGGAUGUCGCACAGAAUACUAGAUCGGAAUUGAUGGAUCUACAUUCCGACUUACGAAUUGUUGCCAUUUUUGGAGGCACAACAGACUUGUUCUACUUUUACGCCAAUCGUUCAAUACUACUGUUAGUUGUAGAGGAUAAAUUCUGUCGAUCACACAAGAGAGAAUCUACCUCCGUUAAUGAUCUGCAUUGCUUUAGUUUUAAUGGCCAUUUGUCCCGAAUAUACUAUGAGUUUUCGAUGGACAAUGCUGAUCUAGUGACAAAUAUGGGGGUUGUUUUUCUCGGAGGUAGAUGACAAGGGACAACAUUUCAACAGUAGUAAACAAUAGCAAUCGUGUUUUCCAGCGAAAUGCACCGAGAAACUGAUUAUAUCAUGACCUGUCAAUAUUAUCAUAGCUGAGAGCCUACCGCUAGCUGAAAGUCUACCGCAGCUUUUUUUGUUUGGACAUGAAAGAGUGGAUUUGGCAUAAUAGCAAUCCAAAAAACGACCCUAUGUAUUAUGUGAUUAACAAAGUUAUUGAAAAACGCUUUCAAUUCUAUCUCAACCACUGUGUUGACUAAAGAAGCACCUCACUGUACUGGACAUGGCCAUAAUGUGGACAUCGUUUUCCCACUGUUAUGCCAUCUUCUAUUUGAUUUAAAUGUUUUCAGUUAAAUCAACAUUUCAUUGAUCAAUGUACGACAGUUGUUUCCUGUUUUAUUUGAAACAUUUGUCUUGUUUGAAAUGUAACUAAAUGAUGGUAUUAUUUUGGGUAAACAUUGAUUAGGUAAUCGUCUAUAAUACCUACAUAUUUUGACAGGUUAUGAUUAUACUUUCUUAUCUAAGCAAAAUUAGGUAUCCAAAUAAAUUAAAAAAAAAAUGGAUAAUAAAAUAACAUUGUUUAACGGAAAAUACUGAAUUUUCAAUGUUCCAAUGUCACUAUAGUAGAUAGUCACGUUUCAGAUUGAGUCAAUUUAACUUAUUAUGAAUGUUAAAGAUACAAAUACAGCGAGAAUUUCUAUGUACCUACUUUUUUUUGUUAAUUUCCUUUUUCGAAUAUUGUUAAUUUGUUUACUGAUUUUUUUCGAAGAGUUUGUAUAAGUCUUUAACAGGGUGGGAGUCUUCUUGUUAUACAAUAUUCUAGAACAUAUGUGAAAUAGAUGUAGAAAGUAGUUAAAUGCUGCCUUCACAAAUUCAAGUAAGUUUCACAGUUCCUUUGAAAGAGAAAUAAUGUCCCUUAGGAGAAUAACCCAUUGUUCUCUAUCAUGUCAAUAAUGCACGCCUUCGAACUGACACAUACUCAGUGGUAUUCUCAAAUCUGUCACACCCUGUGCAGACAAGGCAGAAAUUUAUAUCUUUCACGUUUCGAAUGUUAUUCGUUGAAUAUGAACUUCAUAGUUUCUAUAAAUAUAUAUACCAUAAACUUGUAAAUGUUGGAUCUAUCUGUCUGUAAGUUCAAACUACAUGUAAGUUUAUUCUCGAAACAGCAUUAUCUAGUUUAAAAAUGUACGUAAAAUGUAAAAAAGUGAAAGUUGUAC